AUGAACACCGGUCUUGUCAACAGCCGCUUCCUCUCCAAGCCAGAUGAAGUCGGCGUCGUUGCUGUCGGAUUUUCAGGUGGUCAGCCUAAAGCCGGCGUUGACAUUGGACCUGCUGCUCUUAUUCAGUCUGGCCUUCUCACUGAGAUCCGUGAUGAGCUUGGCUACAAGCUUUUCGGCGAUGAGUCUGUCCAGCAAUUCGAGGAUCUCGUCCCCGAGUCGGAUCCUGACUACCGCGGUAUGAAGAAGCCCCGUCACGCAUCUGCCGUGACUCGUAAGAUUGCCUCGCACACCUAUGAACACUCACGGGAGGGACGCAUGACUCUUACACUUGGCGGUGACCACAGCAUUGCUAUUGGUACCAUUGCCGGAACUGCCAAGGCUACCCGAGAGCGCUUGAACCGCGAGAUCGCUGUUAUCUGGGUUGAUGCCCACGCCGACAUCAACACUCCUGAGAGCAGUGACAGUGGUAAUAUCCACGGUAUGCCUGUUGCCUUCCUGACAGGUCUGGCCAAGGAGGAUAAGGAGGAGUGCUUUGGCUGGCUCGAGGAUGACAUGCGUCUGAGCGUCAAGAAGCUGGUGUACAUUGGUCUUCGCUCCGUCGACAUUGGCGAGAAGAAGAUCCUCCGCGAACAUGGCAUCAAGGCUUUCAGCAUGCACGACGUUGAUCGUCAUGGUAUUGGCCGUGUCGUCGAGAUGGCCCUCGCUCACAUCGGCAACGACACCCCCAUCCAUCUGUCUUUCGACGUCGAUGCCCUCGACCCCAUGUGGGCUCCUAGCACAGGCACACCUGUCCGCGGCGGUCUGACUCUCCGCGAAGGCGAUUUCAUCUGCGAGAGCGUGCACGAGACAGGCAACCUUGUUGCCAUUGACCUGGUCGAGGUGAACCCUCACCUGGCUGAUACCAAGCAAGCCGAGCAGAACACCAUCCACGCCGGAUGCUCACUUGUCCGAUGCGCCCUUGGCGAGACACUACUAUAA